UCGACUGAUGUGACGCAUGCUCUGUACAGUGGAUGUAAACAUUGGAGCUGCCCUUUUGUUGGCACGAGCGGGCUGUAGAUUUGUGUAGGCUACACGUAUUCGGCUCGAUGUGCUGGACGGUGGAGCUGUUGCCUGGUGGUGGAAUCAGCUAGCGGCAGCUAACAAGCAAACUAAAACUCGGCAUUAAAUAAAAUCUGAAACCGGGCUGUUGAACUCCUUACAGUUCAAUUGCGCAAGACUGUGCAGUUGUACUUUUGUCCAUGGAAAGUUCAUAUUGAUCUCUGAGGGUUGAAAAGGCUUCCAGGCAAGGUGGCGACUGAAAAGGUUGCAGGCAAGCUGAGUUCUACACUCUCAUGGGUGAAGAACUCGGUGUCACACACGGUCAGUCAGAUGGCUAGCCAGGUGGCCACGCCGUCUAGCCAGGUGGCAACAGUUCCCUCGUCCCUGCAGACCACCACAGCCACCUCCUCCUCCACCUCCCUCUCCUCCUCGUCCCCCACAUCGGCAUCGCCCGCAAAGCUCAGCCCAGAUGAACUGGAGCUGCUGGCCAAGCUGGAGGAGCAGAACAGGUUGCUGGAGACGGACAGUAAGUCCCUCCGGUCUGUGAACGGAUCCAGACGUAACAGCGUCUCCAGCCUCGUGUCCAGCUCCUCGGCUUCCUCCAACCUGUCUCACCUGGAGGAGGACUCCUGGAUCCUCUGGGGACGCAUAGUCAAUGAGUGGGAGGAGGUCCGAAAGAAGAAGGAGAAGCAGCUCAAGGAUCUGGUCAGAAAAGGGAUCCCCCACCACUUCCGGGCAAUAGUAUGGCAGUUGCUAUGCAAUGCCCAGAACAUGCCUAUCAAAGACCAGUACUCUGAGCUGCUGAAGAUGACAUCACCCUGCGAGAAGCUGAUUCGCCGGGACAUCGCCCGGACCUACCCUGAGCACGAGUUCUUUAAGGAGGACAGCUUGGGACAGGAAGUACUCUUCAAUGUCAUGAAGGCCUACUCUCUGGUGGACCGGGAGGUCGGUUACUGUCAGGGAAGUGCUUUCAUCGUCGGACUGCUGCUCAUGCAGAUGCCUGAGGAGGAGGCGUUCUGUGUGUUCGUGAAGCUGAUGCAGGACUACAGACUGAGAGAACUGUUCAAACCCAGUAUGGCUGAGCUGGGACUCUGCAUGUACCAGUUUGAGUUUAUGAUCCAGGAACUUCUCCCAGACCUCCAUAUCCACUUCCAGGCCCAAAGUUUCCACACCUCUAUGUACGCCUCCUCCUGGUUCCUCACCAUCUUCCUCACCUCCUUCCCUCUCCCUGUUGCUACCAGGAUCUUUGACAUCUUCAUGUUAGAGGGUCUGGAGAUAGUGUUCCGUGUGGGGCUGGCCAUUCUACAAUUGAACCAGGCAGAACUCAUACAGCUGGACAUGGAGGGAAUGUUACAGCACUUUCAGAGGGUCAUCCCCCACCAGCUGGAAAGUGGACCAGACAAGGUCAUCCUCGCUGCUUAUAACGUCAAGUACAACGCCAAGAAGAUGAAGAAGUUAGAAAAGGAAUACACUACAAUCAAAACUAAGGAGAUGGAGGAGCAGGUGGAGAUUAAGAGGUUGCGCACAGAGAACAGACUGCUGAAACAGAGGAUAGACACACUGGAGAAAGAAAGUGCUUCCUUGGCAGAUAGAUUGAUCCAGGGACAAGUGACACGCGCCCAGGAAGCAGAGGAGAACUACCUGGUCGUGCGGGAGCUGGCCACAGUCAGGCAGCAGAGCGAAGAGGCCACAGCUCAACUGGAGCUGGCACAGAGCACCAUCAGGGAGCUCCAGCAGAGACCACUAUUGAAGGGCAUCCCCUGCUACACAGAGGAGUCUAUCCUGCAGCUGGAGAGAGAGCUGGUUCAGGCCAGGCUAAAGGAGGCAGAGUCCCAGUGUGCCCUCAAGGAGAUGCAAGACAAGAUCCUGGACAUUGAGAAGAGGAACACGUCUCUGCCAGAUGACACCAACGUAGUGAGGUUGCAGGAGGAGCUGAUAGCAGUGAAGCUGAGAGAGGCUGAGGCUGUGACUGGGCAGAAGGAGCUCAGACAACAGGUCCGAGACGUGGAGGAGCACUGGCAGCGUCACCUGGCGCGUACGGCGGGCCGCUGGAAGGACAGCCCUAAGAAGAAUGCUAUGUCUGAACUGCAGGACGAGCUAAUGAGUGUCAGACUACGGGAGGCCGAGGCCCAGGCAGAGCUCAGAGAGUCACGACAGAGGAUGAUGGAGCUGGAGACACAGAACCAGAUCCAUGGCAACCAGCUGCGUCGGGCGGAGCAGGAGGGCCGGGGCUUUCAGGAGCAUGUGACUGUGCUGACCGCCCAGAACAAGAGCCUGUACGUUCAGCUGCAGGAGAUCAAACGCAAACAGGCGGAGAUUGAGUGCAAGAACAAGGAGGAGGUGAUGGCGGUAAGGCUGAGAGAGGCUGACAACAUUGCUGCUAUGGCUGAGCUGCAGCAACAAAUCUCUGAACUGGAGAUACAGAAAGAAGAAGGGAAGGUCCAGGGCCAGCUGAACAACACAGACUCCAGUCAGUACAUCCGAGACCUGAAGGACCAGAUAGCUGAGCUCAAACAUGAGAUCCGCUGCUUAAAAGGCCAGAGGGCAGGCAGCAUGUCCAAUCAGCCCAGUUUUGACAGGAUCCGCAUCGUCAAUCACUACAUACCAGACGACGAGUCGUACCAAUCCUCAGACGAAGACGCAGGCAAGACCCCCUCCCACCUGGACCCUCAGCAGAGCAGCAGCAGCCACACCAGCCUCAUCAGGCUGCACCCCUCUCUGGAUCUACAUAAUAGACUGGGGGAUACAGACAGUGAGGGGGAUGAUGAUGGGGAGGGUCUGGUUCUCUCUGUGCCUCCCAACGGCACCCACAAACACACCAUCGUGUGACCCGGUAACUGGGUGAUGGGCACCAUCGCUAGCCACCUGGAGGCUGAUCAAGGCUGUUCUGAUCUAAUACAGUGGGGCAGAGGUGGUGUCCAUGGUAGCAAGCCACACUCCUCAGGAGCAUGACGUCUGUCUAUGGGACUCCAACGUAGGGAGCUUCUUGGAAUGGAAUCUUUGGAAGCUUGGAGUGGAACGUGUGGUGGAGUUGGUUGUUUUCUUUGUGUUACUCCGUUUGCUUUAUUCUUGUUUUGCCAAAACCAGAUUGAGGAGGAUCAUAUCAGUGAGUUGCUCUGGUCUGAUCACCAAGUGGAUGGAUCAGAGAAGGACAACAUGAAGGAUCUUUAGCUUCCUGAGCUCCACAGAGCCAGACUGACCACCAGGGGAGUGGAUGGGGGUUACCCCAUCUAGGGUGACCCCACCCAGGCAACCAAACUACGGGCUCUCCCUCAGCCCCACAACACCAACCAUGGUACAACAGACACAACACGCAGAGAGACUGUGCAAUAGAAUGUUUUACGCUUUAUGGUGACGAUGACACUUCAUUCAAUCAGUUUAAAUGUUUUUAUCGCAUUUUUAAGUGAACCAUCAAAAAUGUAUAGAGCCAUUUUGUUUCUGUCUUUAUCAUACAGAGGGAAUGAUGUACUGGAGAGUGAUGUCUCUAUUGAACAUGGCUAAAGAGCCCCAGUAUCAAACAUCAACUGUGGCUGUGUCCCAAAUAGCACCCUAUUCCCUAUAAAGUACACUACUUUCGACAGGAACCCUAUGGGCCCUGGUCAAAAGUAGUGCACUUUAAAGGGGAUAGGAUGCCAUUUGGGAUACGAAAUACAACCUGCCGUAUCCUAAGGUCAAUGGGAAUCCAGUAUCUGUGUAUAUACAGUAUAUGUAAAUAGUUGUUUUUUUGGGACUUGAAAAUAUGUAUCUAAUGAAUUAUUGCAUAUCUAAUGUUUAUAAUGUAUUGUAUUUUUAGACUGAAAGUGACAUAUCACUCUUAGUGUUGUCAAGACCCAUGGAUAACUGAUUGCCAGACAUUUCUUCCACAAACAUGGGCUGCGUUCCGAUUCUCUACCCUUCUCCAGAAGUGAGCACUCGUUCACCUUCCCUCAUACUUUUAAAUGCAUUAAAUUGGUGCAAGCAUGGCUGAAGGGAGUUUCCAGCAUUAUUCCUUGCACCAAUGCAUUUCUUUUAAAUCCAUGCGGGGGAAUGUGCAAGUCCACACUCCACGAGGAGGGUAGAGAAUGGGAAUGUAGCCCAUCUCAGUGUACUGUAUAUGUUUUCUUAUCUCGUACUUAUCUUCUCUGGCAGGAUGAUUUUCCCUUUGGAGGAAAGACUGAUGUAGGAUCAUUGCGUAAUUUCAUAGAUUAGAAUACAUUUCAGCAUGCUGGUUAAUGAAAGCAUGUACCUAACUUAAGUGAACCAACCAUCCCAGAUUUAGAGGGCUGAUUUUAAAGUACGGCUCUUUCUAAGGUGGGCAUCCUAGUCUGUUAAUAAAAUACAAACAUUACGGCACAUAAUGAAAAGUAUGAGGACAGAUAUCUGUGAUCUGAAUCUUGUAUGAACACCAAUAACAUUAAACAGAGGUAUUGCUAUGCUCUUUUGCACUAAAUGAAUGGCAGUCCAAGCCAAGGGAACAUAAUAUACUGCAUUCUGGAAAUAAAGUUAACAUAAGAGUGAACAACACUUCUAUCUGAAAAUACUAAGAAGAUAAUUUUAAAUGUUUGUGAAAUGGUAAAUUAUUCCCUAUACAGUACACGACUUCUGACCAGAUCCCUGGAUGAAAGUAGUGCACAAUGUAGGGAAUAGGGUGCCAUUUGGGACGCACCCUAAGACAUGUUUUGUUUCCUAUGUGAACGAAGCAAAGUGCAUUGUGUCAAGUGUUACCAAAGUGUAGGAGCCGUUGUAUAGGCCUGGUACCAAAUCAGUGUGUGCUGUAUAGCCUAUAACUCCUGUGGUCAUUGUGAUGCCUUGGAAUGACCGAUCUGGGACCAGGCUGCAACUGUAAACCGUAGGCUCUGCCUGCCAGAGAAAUAAGCACCACUCCGUUUCAUAAGGGAUGAAUGACAUUGAUUCAUUAUCAGGAUUAUCAUAACACUAAAACAGACAGCCUCCUCUAGGUUGAAAAAUGACCAGAACAAGGGACACCUGAUAAUAGCUAGAUUUGGUCAUUUUUGACAGCAGUGGCCCUUUAAGACAUUAGAACCACAACUUAUCAGCCAAGUGUCUUUCUAUUCAGAAUAUACAGCAAUCCUCUGACUCAUUGUUCAGAUGGGUUUUUGUGAUACUGUUGUGAUAUUACCUGGUUAAGUACUACGACAGAUGGAAUCCAUAUUUGGAGAGGUAUUAUGAUGCAGUUUUGGCACUUUGAGGGAAUAAAAUGCAUUUUAGAAGAGUAGUCCACAUAAGGCAGCCAACCGUUAACACUAUGGAAUAAUACUUAUCACACUCAUGUAUGUGAGAUUGAUGUGUGUGACGUCACAAAUAAACUAACUAUUUGAUAA